AGCUGCGAGCAAUCAAGUUGCGCGCCGCGCGCAGAGUCACGUUGCUGGGAGGGAGCGCGCUCCGGCACGCCGCAGGCUCGCUUUCUGCCGAGCUGUCCUUCUGGGGGUGGCGAGGUCACUGAGCGCCCCCCUCCCUCCCUCCCGGAGUCGUCCGUGCAAAGAGCCUGGCGCUUGGGGAGGUCAUCUGACAAGCUCUUCCGAGGAGGAAAAGAGGAGGAAAAUGUCACUUCAGCUGCACGAACUGGAUAGCAACAGACGGAACGUUCUGGAAAGACGCAGGAGGAAGAGAGUCACUGUGAGCUGCGAGCAUCUUCGGAAACUUCUGCCCGCCUUCGGUGGACGGCGGGAAGACAUGGCCUCCAUCUUGGAAAUGACGGUGGAAUACCUGCAGCUGGCCCAUCGGCAUGUCCCAAAGGACCAACGUCCCGCCGACUGGCGGAGCCAGAAGGACCGGCGGAGCCAGAAGAUGCUCGAGCCAGAAGAUGCUCGAGAAGAUGCUCGAGGCGGCACCCAGACCCGGGUUGGGUUGGCCAAGCCCUCCGACGCCAUCCAGACACCCCUCGAGGAAACGGAAGAGCCUCCUUCGGAGCAGAGCCUUGCAACAGACGCAGCCGCUCUCAUGAGGACGGGUUGGCCCAGAUGCUCAAGAGAGAAGCUGCUCUCUCUCCAAAUGCCAGACACGCGGCCAAGAGAGGAGUUCACCCCUGUGGGCUUCGUUGCAGAGGGGGGAGCUGUGACUUCCGGAGAUCCCAGGCCUCCCGAAGAAGGUACCCGCCUGCUCUGUACCAAACAGGAUCCAUCUCCGCUGCUCAGCUCCGCAUCUCUCUCUUUCUCUCCUGGACCUUCUGUCCAAGGCAACUUCCUGGCACCUUCCUUAAGAAGCUCACCUCCUUCGGGACUGGACGGGUCAGCGUCCGAGCUCGAAACACAAGGGGAACUCCUGUUUGACGCUGCUGCUGGGCCAGGGGCCGGAGUGGAGCCGGAAGGCGGCCCAUCGCGAGAAUUGCUGUCCUGGCUGAAAGAGCAAGAAAGGGAGUUGCUUCGAGAAUUUGAGCUGCCCGCUGAGGACCUCCCCGGUGCCAGCUGGGCGGGCGAGACGAGUCCUCGCGUUCUCGCUUCGCUGGAAGAGAUGGAGAGGAGUUUCUUGGAAAUGUAUGGGCUGCUCGCUCCGGACCAAGAACAGGAACAGGUCUCGGGUUCGGCAUCGCUCUGCUAAAUCACGACUCCCACAACGCCCCAAGUAACGGGAGGACCGUUAUCUCUCAGUGCGUCUCAGGAACUCCCUGUCUGUCAAGAGUUCGCCCCUUAAGGCAAAGACCCCUCUCCCUCCUCCCCUGGGAGGAUUUGGGAAAGACCGGUUUGAGGUAUGUUUGGUUUGGCAAGCCCUCCACACAUAAUCAGAGCAAAGGCAGCUCUGAGGUGGAAACGCGUUCCUUAGUCUCUUAUGCCCUUUUGAAGAGAGGAAUCCAGUCCGAGCGUGGAUGGCAUUUUGGCUGCACAACUGGAGUACACACUUGCAGCACUUGGGAGUUUAGAG